GUUUUUACUUUGAUAAGACGUGUAAAGGGGAAUGGGGCUCUGUUGGCUGGAACACAAAAAGACAACGCGCAAAACUCGGGGCUUUCGAACCACAAGCUCAGGAAAUGCGUGAUAAAAUACCACGAACAGGAAAACAGCUGGGAAAGCGCAUUUCGCAACGGGAGCUUUGUCGGUCUGAGAUCGGGAGUAUGUGUAGAAGACCCGGAGCUGCGAUUCAGAGCCGGUUCGUCGGUGAAAGAUUUUUUAAAGCGAUAGGCCUAAUCAUUGCCGGAGAUUACUCCCUGAAUAGAUUUCCAGAUUUCAUAAAUUAUCACCAUGCCAUAAUCCUUGUAACUUUUUAGCGCUUAUGAGGAUGUAAAGUCAAAAUAGUUCAUUUGCUCUUUAUGCGUGCUUCAGCUAAAACAGGAAAACAACGGAGAAAAGCAGAAGACGGGAUUAAUUCAAUGGACCGUUCUCUUUCUGAUCUGAACUGAAAGAUUUCGCGCAAAAAAACACAGGAAACAAUCCAUUCUAUACGGACACGGAGAAAAAACAUCCAGCCUGUCCUGUAUAUUGUGCUUCCCACUUUCAUCAACGCCCAGACCGGCUCUCGCAGUGUUGGAUGGGAGGUGCCGACAUCGCAGCCUGUCGAGUUAACAGGGUCAGGAUAAGAGAUGUACACUCCUUCAGCGGUGCUCCUGGUUCUCCUUCGCCUCGGCAUGCGGUCCGCAGGAGCUCCACAGCACCUGGCCUCUAAGGGGAAAGUUCAGUGCACAUGCAAGAGUACGGAAUGUGACAGCGCCACCUGCUGGGGCGACCUAUGCUAUUUCACCGUGGUGGAGGGCCGGGAGCUGAGGGGCUGCUUUGACGUGGACGAGCAGCUGCAGUGUGUCACAAUGCCCGAGGUCUACACCAAGUGCUGCUUCUCUGACCACUGUAACACCAACAUCACCGCGCCUGUGGACACAGCGGAUGAGGGGACAGCGGUGCUGGUGGCCAUGCCUGUGCUGGCGCUGCUGGUCCUGUCUGUCGGACUCGCCGGGUUUAUCUGGUGCUGGAGGAAGCGGCAGGUCAAGCGGUGCCAGCGAGAAGACGACGGGGUCAUGGUGCCCAAGGUGUCCAGCAAGGACGAGCCCACGUACGGGGACAUGUUUGAUGAGUUCUGCACAUCUGGCAGCGGCACUGGCCUGCCCUACCUGGUGCAGAGGACCGUGGCCCGACAGAUCAUGCUGGUCGAGUGCGUUGGGAAAGGACGCUAUGGUGAAGUGUGGCGGGGAACCUGGAUGGGGGAGAACGUGGCCGUGAAAAUCUUCUCCUCCCGGGACGAGCAGUCCUGGUUCCGCGAGACUGAGAUCUACAACACUGUGCAACUUCAGCAUGAAAACAUCUUAGGUUUCAUCGGGUCAGACAUGACGUCCAAGAACUCCAGCACGCAACUGUGGCUGAUCACACACUUCCACGAGGCGGGCUCGCUCUUCGACGUCCUGCAGCACCGGAGCCUGGCGCCCGACAGCUGCCUGACCAUGUGCCUGUCCGUGGCCAGCGGUCUGGUGCACCUCCACACGCCCAUCCUGGGCAUGCAGGGCAAGCCCGCCAUCGCACACCGGGACCUGAAGAGCCGCAACGUCCUGGUCAAGAAGAACGGGCAGUGCUGCAUCGCCGACCUGGGCUUGGCUGUCAUGCAAUGCGAGACCGGUGACCACCUGGACAUCGGAAACAACCCUCGGGUUGGGACCAAGCGCUACAUGGCCCCUGAGGUUCUGGAUGAGACCAUACGGACUGACCAGUUCGCCUCCUACAAACAGACUGACAUCUGGGCCCUGGGCCUGGUACUGUGGGAGAUCUCCCGCCGGACUGUGGUGAACGGAAUCGUUGAGGAGUACCAUCCCCCCUUCUUUGACCUGGUGCCCUCAGAUCCUAGCUUCGAGCAGAUGAAGAAGGUGGUGUGUGUGGACCAGCAGACGCCCAGCCUCCAUAACCGCCUACACUCCCACCCGAUUCUCGCAGCCAUCGCCAAGGUCAUGAAGGAAUGCUGGUUCCAGGACCCCAAGGCCCGGCCCACCGCCCUGCGUCUGCGCAAGACCCUCUCCAAAUUGGACCAGGACAUUGACCAUGGGCUACACAAACUCAAAUUGGACUUAUAGCUUCCCUGAGAUCCACUCAUUAGUUUUAACAACCCUGGAGCAGUUCACCACUCCUGUGGGCGCUCCAAUAAGGGAGAUGCUACCAGAGCAGGCUUUUGGACAGAACUGGGCUCUUAUCCAUUAUUUGGGGGGGACCAAUGAGACAUUGGAUUUUUUAUCAAAAAAUGUGGUGCACAUGUGCUUUCUUAGUGUCAGGUCCUGAUGAACCAUGAACAGCUGUCUGGGGACAUCGAAACUUAACAGAGACAUCAGAUCAGGAACUGCACCUUCAAAGUCCUGAGUCCCACACACAGCAUUGAUUUUAGCAACGUCUCAAGAUAACAUGAUGUCCAAGAAUGCAGCAAGGUCCCCGUAAAGACCAUGUCUCCGAAUGCAGUAAGGUCCCUACUCACAGCAACGUCCCCGCAUAAAACCAUGUCUCCGAAUGCAGUAAGGUCCCUACUCACAGCAACGUCCCCGCAUAAAACCAUGUCUCCGAAUGCAGUAAGGUCCCUACUCACAGCAACGUCCCCGCAUAAAACCAUGUCUCCAAAUGCAGUGAGGUCCAUGCACACAGCAAUGUCCCCACACUAGACGAUGUCUCAGAAUGCAGUGAGGUCCCUACUCACAGCAACGUCCCCGCAUAAAACAAUGUCUCCGAAUGCAGUGAGGUCCCUACGCGCAGCAACGUCCCCGCAUAAAACAAUGUCUCUGAAUGCAGUGAGGUCCCUACGCGCAGCAACGUCCCCACAUAAAACAAUGUCUCUGAAUGCAGUGAGGUCCAUGCACACAGCAAGAUGCCCACACAAAACCAUGUCUUUCAAAGCAAUGAUGUCCUAGCAUGUAGCAGCGUCCGUGCACAAAAAGAUUUCUCCCACCCUUUCGAUGGAGUUAGAUGCCAGCAUGCAGCAACGUCCUUGCAUAAAACUAUGCUGCCGAAUGCAGUAAGGUCCAUGCACACAGCAAUGUCCCUGCACAAAAUGAUGUCCCUAAAUGCAGUGAAGUCCCUGCAGGCAGCAAUGUCCCUACACAAAACGUGGUCUCUCCACACCUAGCAAACUGUUGGUGUGGUCAGUAGCCAUGGUCUCCACUAAUGAUCUUGACUUUCAUCUCUUGUACAUGAGCUAAGAGGGGCCUGACAUUUUAUGGACCUUGUGAUUUUUGCCUGUGCUUCGGAAACGUGACAUGUGCAGUGGAUCCUGAGAUUGCAGGAAUGGCCGGCUAUAAGCACUUAUACUGAGUUCAGCAUAUCCCUCAAGCGUGCAGAUCAGCUCCACAUUCCAAAGGAAACAUGUUUGCACUGUGUUUAAUGUCAGUAAUGCUGGGAGGAUUCUUACUCGCUGCGUGUUAGAACAGAAAUUUCAUAUCAGCCAUGAAAGCUCAGAAACUUGUUUCCCUUGUAAGCAGAUUUAUUUAAAAUGCACUUUGUAUAAUGCUAUGUGAUUUUAAACAUUUGAUUUGCUGAGAAGCUAUAUUUUUAUUCACAAUAUACAGGGAAUAUGUUUAUAAAUAUAUUAUGCUCAACUUUUGAACAUUUUUAUCCUUUAUUCGUGGUCAUAGUUGUAAAUUGGAUUUUUCCAUCUGUAAUGGUCUGUUUCUUAAUGGAUUAUUACUUCACUUUAAAGUUACACUUAAUACAGAAAGUAUCUCUCAGGUUAACUUGGGCCCUUUUAACUAAAUAUGGAUUGUAAACCUUAAGUCUUUUCUUUUCUGAUGAACAUAGUCGUGUACUAAGAAGGGUACCGCUAAAGAUUUGGGGCCCCAUGCAGUCAUAUCAUAUUGGGCCCCCAACCCAGAUCAGUCAUAUUAUGUUACAAAUGUUUUAGGGCCCUGGGUUCUGCCCUAUCUUUGCCCCGCUUUAUAGCGCCCCUGUGCACUGACACAUUAAUGCACCUCCUCAGUGUAUUAAAGCUAUACCGUGGUAA